GUCUCUGCCAACUACUUGUCCGGGUAACUAAUCGGCAAAUUUUUUCCAUGAAAAUUACCGAAAUUUAGACGGAAAUCAUCGUUUGAGCUUGGUCUGUGCGUGCUGCGUGCAACGCGUAAAAAAUGAGUGAAAAGGUCCGACGCCAGUCAAAAAUGGCAAAAACGAAUUACAAUCAAUCGUUGCCAGCCCUCCUUACGUUUUCGGUGCUUUUUGUUGCCUGGAUCUCGGGUUUUGCAUCGCGGCUCUUUGCCGUCAUCCGUUUCGAGAGCAUCAUCCACGAGUUCGAUCCAUGGUUUAACUAUCGAGCCACGGCGUAUAUGGUGAAAAAUGGCUUUUAUAACUUCUUGAAUUGGUUCGAUGAGACAGCAUGGUAUCCUUUGGGACGUAUCGUUGGAGGAACCGUUUAUCCAGGUUUAAUGAUAACCUCCGGCGGCAUCCAUUGGCUAUUACACACCCUCAACAUUCCCAUCCACAUUCGUGACAUUUGCGUAUUUCUCGCCCCCAUCUUCAGCGGCUUAACCGCCAUCUCAACGUACUUACUGACAAAGGAACUUUGGUCUCCGGGCGCCGGCUUAUUCGCUGCAAGUUUCAUCGCCAUCGUGCCCGGUUACAUCAGUCGUUCCGUCGCCGGUUCGUACGACAACGAAGGCAUCGCCAUCUUCGCCCUGCAAUUCACGUACUAUUUAUGGAUCAAAUCCGUGAAAAGUGGCUCCGUUUAUUGGGCAGCAAUGGCAGCUUUAUCGUACUUUUACAUGGUUUCCGCAUGGGGUGGUUACGUUUUCAUCAUCAAUUUGGUCCCUUUGCACGUUUUCGUUUUGCUGCUCAUGGGACGCUAUUCGCCGCGACUUUUCACGAGUUACACAACUUUUUACAUCAUCGGCUUGAUUUGUUCGAUGCAAAUUCCCUUUGUGGGCUUUCAACCGAUCAAAACGAGCGAACAUAUGGCAGCGGCGGGAGUUUUCGCAUUGCUUAUUGCUGUCGCUUUUUUGAAACAUUUGCAAACGAUCCUCACGAAACAAGAAUUUAAGAAGCUUUUUGUCAUCGGAGGCUUGAUUGCAGCUGCUGUCGUCUUUGGAACGGUCGUUUUAUUGACUUUGGCAGGCGUUAUUGCUCCCUGGUCCGGCAGAUUUUACUCCUUAUGGGAUACGGGAUACGCGAAAAUCCAUAUUCCGAUUAUUGCGUCGGUAAGUGAACAUCAACCGACCACGUGGUUUUCAUUUUUCUUCGAUUUGCACAUUCUCGUGUGCAUUUUCCCCGUCGGAUUGUGGUAUUGCAUCAAGCGGAUCAACGACGAACGCGUUUUUGUGGUCCUCUAUGCCUUGAGUGCGGUUUAUUUCGCUGGCGUCAUGGUUCGUCUCAUGCUAACAUUGACUCCGGUCGUUUGUAUGUUGGCUGGCGUCGCUUUUUCGGGCAUCCUGGAGGUAUUUUUGAAGGAAGAUCAGGCUCCGGUGCCCAAAGACAGCGUGGAUUCGGAGCAAGAUGAGUCUCCGGCAGAGAAAAAACAACUUUACGACAAAGCUGGGAAGCUAAAAAGGACGAAACACGAAGCAAGUCAUUCAGCACACGAGCAAGGAGGCUUAAGUUCGAACCUGAAAUCGAUCGCAGUGGUUGCGAUUUUGAUGCUUUUGAUGCUUUUCGCGGUGCAUUGCACUUGGGUGACCUCAAAUGCUUAUUCCAGUCCUUCGAUUGUGCUCGCUUUCUAUAAUAGUCAAGAUGGCACGCGAAAUAUCCUCGACGAUUUUCGUGAAGCGUACUAUUGGUUGUCCCAAAACACGGAAGAUAACGCUCGCAUCAUGUCUUGGUGGGAUUACGGCUAUCAAAUUGCCGGAAUGGCGAAUCGAACGACGCUGGUCGAUAAUAAUACGUGGAAUAACAGCCAUAUCGCGCUCGUUGGCAAGGCAAUGUCAUCCACGGAGGAAAAGGCAUACGACAUUAUGACAUCACUCGACGUCGAUUACGUUCUCGUCAUCUUUGGAGGCGUCAUCGGGUACUCGGGCGACGAUAUUAACAAAUUUUUGUGGAUGGUUCGUAUCGCGGAAGGCGAACACCCGAAGGAUAUUCGUGAAAGUGACUAUUUUACGGAUCGCGGCGAAUUCAGAAUCGAUUCUGAGGGUUCGCCAACUUUGCUGAAUUGUUUGAUGUACAAAUUGAGUUAUUAUCGAUUCGGGGAUUUGCGAUUGGAUUACAGAGGUCCAGCGGGAUAUGACAGAACCAGAAAUGCAGUAAUUGGGCAUAAAGAUUUCGAUUUGACGUAUUUGGAAGAGGCGUAUACGUCGGAGCAUUGGCUUGUGAGAAUCUAUCGUGUGAAGAAACCGCAUGAAUUUAAUAGGCCAAAGUUGAAUCCCGAGGAUCGUGUUGUUCAGUAUGAUGAUUUUGUAUCGAGAAAGUCCACAAAAAGGAAAAAGGGGGUACUUAAAAAUCGUCCACAAAUCGUCAAAGGCAAACGCACCGCAACAACAUCAACCAGCAAUUAGACUCUGACUGACAGCAAAAAACAAGACAUCGUCGACUGAUUGUGAUUCGUGUAAAAAAAAAUAAAAUUUACAAAGAAAUGUUUAAAGACAAAAAAAAAUAUUUUUCGCCAAAUUUUUUUUCUUAAUUUUUCUCAACAUUUCUUUAACACAAAAAAAAAAUCAAAAAAAUAGAACUGACAUAAAAUUAAAAAAAAAAUCAUAUUUUGAGGAAAAAACGUAUGUGUGGCCUUACGUUCGCUUCUUCAUAAUUUCCGUCGUUGUCAAAAAAAAAAUAAGGCUUUCACAUUCAAUUUAGCACUAAUUUGUUUUUUCCGUUACACUUUAUUUAACUUUUAAGUAGCAAUUUCAAAGAAUUUUUUAAUUUCACGCACUUUUCAUAUCAAAUUUGUUGCAUUUUUAGGUUUUAUUAGUGAUUGAAUGUUUAUAAGAGACAAAAAAAAAUAAUUAAAAAAAAUGUCGCGUAACUAUUAGAAAUUAGAUAGAUAGAGAGUAAAUAGAAAUAGUAACGAUGCCUGUAAAAAAACGGUAUUCACUUGCAUUUCUACUGAUGUAAAAAAUAAAAUUUGAAAAAUAAAACAUGAAAA